UACCAAGUCAAUAGUCCGACUAACUUGACUAAGAAUCAAACUUAUAAUUUACAACAAAAUGCCCCACAUACUACCUUGGUUGGUAUUGCCCUUGUCCUUUCAUUUUCAAUGUUGACCUAAUCAACGCUGUCGGAGCAGAGCAUUGACUGUUCAAUAUUUGUACAAAGCAAGCUUCUUCUCGAGUAAGCUAGCGCAGGCAAAGAAGUCAACAAAUUCGCCAUUAAAAUCUCAACCUUAGCUUCUUAAUGGAUAAGAUCAUAUCAGCAACGAACAACAAAAGAUAGAUAGAUAAUGGAUAUGAGAAAGCUGCCGCAAGACGCCAUUGAAGAGAUCCUCUCGAGGUUGCCACUCAAACCACUAGGAAGAUGCAAAUGCGUUUCUAAAUCCUGGCACAAUCUAAUCUCCAGUAGAAAUUUUGUGAAGAAACAUCUCGAUCGAACCCUAUCCAAUCCCACCGACAACCCUUUCAGAAUCCUCACCUAUUGGUGCUACGAGUCACUGGAUUAUGAGUCGCCGUCGGCUCUCCAAUCCACCUCAGACUCCGACGAUGUCUUGGUGGACCUCGACGAUCCUCUCGGCCCCGAGGACCCGUGCAUAGAUCGCCACGUCAUCGGCUCCUGCCACGGCCUGGUUGCUCUGUUGUACCAGUACGACGGCCUGGAAAGGAUCAUUCUUUGGAACCCUUGUAUAAGAUCGGCCCGCGAGUUGCCGGGCCCACCGCCUAAUCCUCCUCACGCAAACCCCGCCGCGUUCUACGGAUUCGGUUACGACGCCUCCAUAGACGAUUACAAGGUCGUUAAGGCCGUCCGCUCCAAAUCAACCAACGAAACAACCGCCUACGUCUUCUGCAUAUACGGCGCCGAUUCCUGGAGGACAAUUAACGGCCCCGACAAGAGCAUCGUCGUCGUCCACGAAACGGAAAGCUGCUAUUUCCAUGGCAAGAUGGGGAGUUCACUACACGGAGGCUUGCACUGGUUAGCCGACCGGGGAGUUAACGGCGGCGGCCUGAUACUCCGUCUCGACUUAACGGCGGAAACAUUCAGCGAGCUGCCUCAACCUACGACGGGAGAUCCGAACACAACUUUCGAGGUUCUUUGGGUUUUAAAGGAUCGUCUGGGUUUACUGUCCACUCCUACGGCCAUUGACUGUAACAUUGAGUUCUGGGAGAUGGAGGAAUAUGGUAUCGGCACGUCGUGGAAGAAAUUGUUCUCCACCGGCGAGAGCCUGGAGUUCGGUGAAUAUGUUGCCCCUUUGUGCGUUGCGAGGAAUGGGGAUUUGAUAAUCGAGAUUGAUGGAUGGUUUACGGUGAGGUACAACGUAGGAGAGAAGACAUUUGAAUAUCUGAAAUGCAAUCACCCCGACAUGCAUAGGUGCAGCGUGUAUAUGCAAACCAUGGUCUCCCCUUAUAAAAUACCAAAAAAAACCAUUGGAUAUGUUAAUGAAGGAAGAGUUUGCAAGAAGAAGAGAAGCACAAGGGCAGUGAAGAAGUCAAAGGACUGGAACGACGACGUUCGAAGAAACAGUUAGAAGUAGUUGAAGGAAGAGAUCAUACGUCGUCAUUUCACAGUGGCAGUUGAAGACAGUUGGAGCAAGCGUUAGACGACGUCGUUUUGUGUAUUUCCAUUGAAUAUAGCUAAUGUAUAAAAAGGUUAUUUUUAUUGAUCUUAAGGAGUUUGGAUGUGAUUUAA